UGGUAUGAAGAAGGUAAAAGAGACAAGCACAGAUUGAAGUAUUUUGCAUAUCCAGAGGAUUUCGGUAACAUGGAUGGUAAAACUAACUACAAGACAAUCGUUGUGCUGGUAUUCUGUCUGAGUUGUAUGCUCAACCUGCUGGCUUACCUGCUGAUGUACAACGCAAGUAGGGAACGAACACUGCAGGAUCACAGCAAAUUCCUACUCUCCUCUGGCGGCGGAGGAGGAGGCAAUAUACAGCCAUCGUCACUAAGUGAAAAUCGACUUACGAAUUCUUUUGCACCUCUUGCCGCUGCGCCAGAAGGAACGGUCAGAAUUGGUGUCCAACAGUUCUUAAAAGCAAGGUUAAAAUCUCCAGAGGUUUUGUCGAGAAAACUUCAAGAAGAAGAUAAUUCAAAUGUUGAUCAAGAUAAUCAGAAUGCAACUGUAGGUAACGUUACCAAUCCCCAUAAUUAUACAUACGUAAUUAACCAGCCUGACAUAUGCAGGGGAGAUAAUCCACUCGAUUUAAUCAUCGUGGUUUGUACGAGUGUGGCAGGGUUUUCCAAAAGACAAACCAUUCGGGAAACAUGGGGAUUAUUUGCAAAAGAGCAAAAAAAUGUGAAAAAUUUAUUUUUUCUUGGAGUGCAAGACGAGGAAAAUAUUCAGAAGAAAGUCCUUGAAGAAAGUGAGAUUCAUCAUGACAUCGUGCAGGAAGACUUUCGCGAUUCGUAUCGAAACUUGUCAAUUAAAUCAGUUGGUGCACUUAAGUGGAUGACAGAUUAUUGUCACAUAGCCAAAUUUGGACUGAAAAUCGAUGAUGAUAUUUUUGUGAAUAUUCCAAAUCUCAUGGAGACAUUGUCAAAAGUGACUCACCCUCGGAUUAUAAUUGGACAUCUAUUCGUUGGCGCUCGUCCAAUACAGAAUAGGAACUCUAAGUGGCAUACAGCGAAGGAGGAUUUCCCGCGGGACGUGUAUCCUCCGUAUGUGUCCGGGACCUGCUACAUCGUGUCUAUACAAGCAGCAACAGAUAUCUACCAUGUUUCUUUAUAUACCAAAUUAUUUUGGUUGGAAGACAUUUAUAUUACAGGAAUUUGUGCAGAAAAGGCAAAAAUUAAACUGGUUCACGAAGGAGAGAUAUCGUUUAUGACACGUGAAGCCAGUGGUUGUGCUUUUGAACAUGCAAUAACGGGACAUAAAGUGAGCUCAACAGACAUGUACAAAAUAUACAGGGAAUUACGAGAUCCGAACCUCAAGUGCAACAACGAUAUAAACCGUGGAUGAUAAAAGUCCAGUUCUGUAUUAAUUAUUUGAUUCUAAACAUUUAUCUUAUUUUAAAAUUGUAUACAUAUCAGGAAAAGUCAUUGAAAUUGUUUCACCACACUUCCCUAAAACAAAAAUGCCGUGUAAAAUUAUAUGAGGAGAGUUAUCACACCUUGAAAUAGCAAUAAAUCGUCAUAUUACAAAAGGGGCGUGGUCACACAAACAAUAUACGUGUCAAAUUACAGUAGGGGCGUGGUCACUCAAACAAUACACCAGUCACAUUACAGUAGGGGCGUGAUAUCACAAACAAUACACGUGUCACAUUACAGUAGGGGCGUGGUCAAACAAACAAUACAUGUCACAUUACAGUAGGGGCGUGAUCUCACAAACAAUACACGUGUAACAUUACAGUAGGGGCGUGGUCACACAAACAAUACACCAGUCACAUUACAGUAGGGGCGUGAUCUCACAAACAAAACACGUGUCACAUUACAGUAGGGGCGUGGUCAAACAAACAAUACGUGUCACAUUACAGUAGGGGCAUAAACACACUUGGUUAUUACAAUACAGUGUCACUUGUAUCACACUUAAUUUACGUUACACUAUAUUGGUAUUACACUGCCAUUGAAUUAUGCUGUAAGUUACGUAUUAUUUGUAUAAAUAUUUUAUUUCACUAUAUUUUUAUUACAUACUGUCUUAAAGAAUUGCUCCUACUAGCAACAUCCGAACAAACACAUGUAUCAUCUCACCGCUGUCGACGUCAUACCAUUAGUCUACGACUACUAUUGAAAAAGCUAAUAGUUCCUUUUGUAUUUGGUUACCAGCAUCCUACCUGUUAUUUG